AUGCCGAAGCAAGCUGAUGUAGCGGCCGCGGCCGAGCAGUCGGAAGUCAACCGACUCAUGGCCUUGGACACAACGCCAUGGUACCAGAAACCCAAUCUUCGAUUUCUGUAUUUUUGCCUCAUUCCAGCUGCAAUGGGAGUCGAAAUGACCACUGGAUACGAUGGAUCUGUUCUUAAUGGACUCCAAGCUGUUCAACCCUGGCAAGAUCAUUUCGGACAUCCUAAAGGCGCUUUGCUAGGAGUCACCAGCGCUUCUUACAAUCUUGGGGGUCUAAUUGUUUUACCAUUCGUCCCUUAUGUGAUUGAUAGGAUUGGACGCAAGCACAGCAUCACUCUUGGUUCUAUUAUCCUUGUCAUUGGUACAAUUCUGCAAACCUGCUCGAUCAAUAUUGGAAUGUUUUUGGCCUCACGCUUGCUUCUCGGAACCGGUAUCCCCUUUGCUGUCUCUGGCGCGUCUCAACUCUUAGCAGAACUCUCACACCCUCGCGAACGUUCCGUCAUCUCGGGGCUCUUCAAUGUGUCUUGGUUUGUUGGUUCAAUACUGGCAGCUGGCGUCACACUGGGCACGUACAAGAUACCCAAUAACUGGGCUUGGCGAAUCCCAUCGGCGCUGCAAUGCGCCCCUUCAGUGCUCCAACUAGUCUUUGUCUGGUUCAUACCCGAGUCGCCGAGAUGGCUACUUUUCAAGGAACGCAAUGAAGAGGCCUUCGAGGUGCUGGUAAAGUACCACGGAGAGGGAGAUCGCGAUUCUGCCUUCGUUCGUGCCGAGUUCGAGGAAAUCGAUGCACAACUGAGGCAGGAGUUGAGCAACUCCAAGAGGCGCUGGGUCGAGCUCUUACAGACCACCGGCAACAGGAAGCGAUUGCUCAUUGCCAUGUGCAUGGGUGUCUUCUCCCAAUGGUCUGGCAACGGCCUUGUUUCCUACUACCUUGCUCGAGUCUUGAGCACAGUAGGAGUCAAAGACAAACGUACACAGAACAUUGUCAAUCUUUCCCUCUCGUGCUGGAGCAUGAUUACCGCAGGAGCCUUCGCAUUCGUGACACGCGUGCUCCGCAGACGGGUUCAGUAUCUUACCUCAUUCUGCUGCAUGACUGUAGUGUUUGCUACAAUCACCGGCCUCAGCGCGCACUUCGCGAUGACGGGUGGCCACUCGGCAGCCGUGGCGGUGGUAGCCAUGAUCUUCAUCUACAACGCGUCGUAUAACAUAAUGCAACCGCUGCUCUUCGUUUACAUCACGGAGAUUUUCCCCUUCGUGCACCGCGCAAAGGGAAUCGCGAUUCUGCAAUUCUUUGUCCGUGGCAGUACUGCUUUCAAUGCGUUUGUCAACCCCAUCGGCCUUGAUGCAUUGGCCUGGAAGUUUUAUCUGUUCUACUGUGUCUGGCUUCUUGUCGAGCUCGCUACCGUCUACUUCCUGUAUCCGGAAACUAAAGGCCCUACUCUUGAAGAGUUGGCUUACUGUAAGUCAUCGCGUGUGUAUCCUCUCAAUCAUUGUUGGUGCUAA